AUGCCUAGAGUCCUCAGUUAUACUCCAGCAUGGCUUUCAAGACCAUCUCCCGGAUUCGACCUCUUUAACGCCGCAUCGCAACCUCAGAACCUCAAGUCGCAUAGCGCGAAUGAUGCAGCUGGUGGAAGAGCAUAUUGUCACCCUGACAGAAGCAUUGCGCGACGCAAUACAGAGAUAUUUGUGGCAGAUGGGAAACAAAUAAGAUGGGCAGAUUUGCCCUCAGUCAAAGAUCAAUGGCAAGCGCUGCAAGAGACUCCUUCGAAGAAACCGAGAUCAAAAGGGGCAUUAGAUACCGAUGAAGGAGAAGACGAGGAUGCGGCUGGAGAUGGAAGCUACAGGCUCCUGAAAGUCAGCGUGGGCUCGCCGAUACGACAGCUCUGCAUUUCUCCAAACCUGAACCUGAUGGCGAUCGCCACAUCUCAUACCGUCCAAAUCGCGAUCCUCCCUAAACCAGACUUAUUGAACGCCCAACAUAAUAGAGAACCUCUAAAGUUAAAGACUUACACCGUAGGCCCCACAACUCAUGUGUUGUUACAAUCACCUCUCGCAAGUAUACUAUGGCAUCCGCUUGGAGAACGUGGCAAUUGCCUUGUCACUGUCACAGAGGACGCAGUCAUCCGGCUUUGGGAAUUCAAUCCCGACAACAGGUGGUCAGCGGACAGACCUAAAGUCGCGUUGGACCUUAGGAAACUGGCAGUCGCAGAGUCAGAGCAGGACGAUGUAGCCCCGAAUAGAUCGAAUCGUAACAAAGUCUACACAUCGGAUGCGGCAGGCAUGGAUGUUGCCGCUUGUUGCUUCGGAGGUGCUGGCUAUGGAGACGAAACACCAUGGUCGUCUAUGACAUUAUGGGUUGCUAUGCAAGGGGGAGACAUCUACGCCAUUUGUCCCUUACUGCCUUCUAGCUUUCAGCCACCUACUGAUCUGAUACCAAUGUUGUCUGCGAAUAUUGUUGAAAACUGUGAUGCGAAAGAAGAGAGCCGCGAAGAGGAACCAUUCAUAUAUAAGCAAUAUCAGGCUCAGCUUCAAUGGAUGCACAAGCUUGACAACGAAGAGCCGAUAGUCAUCGACAGUGAUGAUGGACCCGUUGAAAUAUACAAGGAGCCUUCGCGGCAUGCUGCCAUCCCGAGAUUACAAGGACCAUUCCAAUUAUAUCCGGAAGACGUUGAGAUUGAUUUGGAUAUCACAGAUAUUCACGUCAUUCCUGCUAAAGCUAAAGUUGCCGAUGAGUUUCCAGAGGAUGCUGGGUCAGAUCUCGAUCCAGACGUAGGAGACGAUGACGACGCACUAUCAAACUCGUUGAUCUCUGUGGUCACAAACGAAGGACGAGUCUACAUCUGUCUGGACAUCGAAGGUGUUCAGGCGCAGUGGCUACCGGGUAGCCCAGCUUCCCCGGAAGAAAGCCCUCCGAUACCAUACCUGGUCGUCCUGGAAGGUUUAGAUACUCUCAAGCGUGAUGAGGGCUGCCAAUCAGAAUGGCCAACAUUCACUGAGGACGUUCUAUCUCGCUACUCGUUCUUCAUCACACACAGUCGAGGUGUCUACUAUUUCUCCCUCUCCCCCUGGCUUCAAAUGCUUGAAAAGGAGCUGCAAGCGUCGGAUUCUGAAGGUGUUCAAUUCCGCCUGUCGAUCCUCCGAAACAAUCUCAACACCCUUCGCGAACGCAUCCUCACUUUCCCCGAACCCACAGACUCUGAUAAACAACCCUUCAUUCCAGCCUGCCAAGUAUUUCAAGACUCAGAUCUGGGCUAUUUCCUCCUAACAACUUCAUCCUUCCGACCACAAGCCGCGAUCCUCGACCAACCACGAUCUCUCACCUCCGCCCUUACUCCAAAUUCCACGGACGAAGAUGACAUCGACGCCCUGCUCCCCCCCGCCAUCACCUACCCAGCCUACCAACCGUCCGCAGCCUUCUACACCCGCAAUACCCUCACCGACUUCCUCGACACCCACAUCCCCUCCCGCCACCGCACCCUAUCCAACCAGCCCAUCCGCCUCUCAGCCGCCACGCUCGACGGUAUGACAACAGCCCAUCGCGUGCUCUCGAAAGAAACUCACAACCUCGGUCUCGCGGCCGCAGACCUCUUCCGUAGAUGCCACCAGCUUCUCGAAGUCUUAAAACAUCAAGUCAUGCGAGCUCAGGAGUUGGGGGAGAGAGUCGACCACGUCACAGGCGAGGAUGAUGCUGAGGCCGAAGAAGAAGCAGACGGGACUAAGCGAAAUAUCUCUCGUGCCCUCGAAACCCGCAUCCUCAGGACUAGAGAGAGGCAGGAACACCUCCAGGAACGAUGGGAGGAACUGAGGAGUAGAGUCCGCCAACUAGCGGGUGGGGAACUUGGACGCAGGGAAAGAGAGUGGGUGCAUGAGAUUCAGCGUGUUAGUCAGAAAAUCUUGGAGAAUGGGAAGGAUGGGCGAGAAGAGAGGGAGGACGGUGAAGUCUCCGACGCAGGUGAAGAGAGGGAGGAAGGCGAGGUGGUGGAUGAUGCUGAUCGCCAUGAGGGGAAGGAUGACGUUGACGGGGGGCAUAAGCCGGAGUUUUUGGAACGGUGGAGGGAGGUGAGGAGGUUGAAGGAGGAGUUGGUCGUGCAGGCGAAGGAGGUUGGAGGGGAUGCUGAGGGUGGAGAUGAGGAUGGGGGAAAGGGGCACGGUGAUGGAGAAGUCGAUGGGGAUGGCAAUGGAGAGGGGGAGACACAGAUCCCGCCUGAGUAUAGGAAGAAGAAAAUGUUGGAGGUGAGGAAGAUGUUGGAAAAGGAGACGAUGCUUGUGAAUGAGGCCCAGGCGAAGUUGGAACGAUUGGGGAUUGCAGGGCCCGUUUUGUGA